AUGGAGAUGCAAAGUCGCUUAUUGGACUCCACGUUAAUACAUUUUGUCAGUGAUAUAAACCUGAUGGAUUUUCCGCAGAAGUACGCUUUGGGAGCAAAACAGCAGGUGGAUGAUAACUCUUCUAGUCCGGACAACCAGACACGCCUGAGCGACUCUCCCUGGAGCCGGGACCUGGAAGACGGGGUGAGCACUGCGCAGCAUCUGGUGAUGGGUUCACCCAAGUACUACAGCCGCGGGGCGCACGGGUGCACGCAGUCCAAACGAAGGAGGAUCAUCACCAUGGUCCAGAGGCAAGCUGCCAAUGUGCGAGAAAGGAAGCGGAUGUUUAGCCUGAACGAGGCGUUUGAUGAACUGAGGAGGAAAGUUCCUACAUUCGCCUACGAGAAGAGACUGUCCCGCAUUGAGACGCUCCGCCUGGCCAUGGUGUACAUCUCCUUCAUGAGGGACCUGCUGGAGAACACUUGA